UAUUCUACUUCAAUUUAUAUGAAUAAAGCUAAGUACAUUUAUAGUUAAUUAGUUACUUAUAAAUAUGUACAUUAUUUAGUCACUAAUUACAUAAUCUCUGCAUAAAUUUGACAACAAGAAGAAAUCCAUGGCCAGAAUUGGAAUCAAGAACACAAAAAUAAUGCUUACAAAACCAUUCUCAGUGCAUGGAUUAGGAAUUGGACUACGUAAUCGCACGAGCAAGGCGGCGAGAGAAAAUCAACGGAGAAACGGUGAGGAAGUCACGGCGGCGGCGGGCGGCGGCGAGAGGGCGGAGAAAACGGCGGAGAGGUGGUGGAUGCCACACCCGCGCACCGGAAUAUACUUUCCGCCGGGACAAGAAUGGGUGAUGGACGGUAUACCAAACGGCGCCGCUUCGUUUGAUUGUACCUUCUGGUUGAGGAGUAUUGACGGAGUUGAUCAUCACCGUGAUUAAUUAAAUUACGGCCACAACUACCGUAAUUAAAAAUCAUAAUUAUAUAAUUAGUAAUUAAUCUCUAUGUUUAGAUUUUAAGUAUAUUGGAGUAAUGAUGUAUUCUAAACAAGUUUGUACUGUAUCUUUUACUACACAAAAAUAAUGCUAUAUCUCAAAAUUUUAUAGAAUAAUUUUAUAUUUAAAAUUAUGAGCAAAUUCCACUUUACCCCUCGUAAUUUCAUACUGUCGAUUGUAUAUCAUUUCGUUUCGUAUGAGUAAUUUUUUUACUUUACCAUUUAUACCCUUCUAAUUUUAUAAGCAAUUUCAGAUAAUAGAAUAUGUUUAUAUUGUAAUAAUUUUUCAACUUCAUUAUUUGAUACUUUAUUAAAGUUUUAUAUUAUUUAAAAUUUUAUUAUCAUUAAUUGAGGCAAAUUGAAAAAUAAGUUAAAUUUGAAUUCUAUUAAUAUUAAAUUUUUAUUGAAGUAAUGUUACAAUAAUACAUAUUUUAGGACAAUUACAUCAUUUUUGAGGGUGUAAAGUGACACUAUAAAAUGGUAAAAUUGCAUAGUGAGAAGAAAUAGAUAGUAUAAGGGGUAAAAUGAUAAUAAAAAAUAAUAGAAGGGGUAAACUGCAAAGUUAAAACCUCGCUAUAAAACAACAUUCUCUUGAG